AUGGAAGCAGCCCAUGACUACACUAAGUACCAUACCAUGCCUGAGAUUUCGGCUUGGAUGGACCAGAUAGAGAAAGAUAACCCUGAUGUUGUGUCCAGCAUAGUCUAUGGGCAGACAUAUGAAAAAAGAGACAUAAAACUACUCAAGAUAGGCAUAAAGUCCACAGGGGUCAAGAAGGCUAUCUGGAUGGACUGUGGUAUUCAUGCCCGAGAGUGGAUAUCACCAGCAUUUUGUCAGCACUUUGUCAAGGAGAUUUUGAAUGCAUAUAAAACAGACCCUAAGAUGAAUGAGAUGUUUAAAAACAUGGAUUUCUACAUCACCCCAGUGCUGAACAUGGAUGGGUACAUAUACUCCUGGAAAGACAAUACAACUCGACUGUGGAGGAAGUCCAGAUCACCUGGCACCGGUAACUGUACAUGUUUUGGAACAGAUCUCAAUCGCAACUUCUAUGCCAACUGGGGCAUGGUAGGAAUUUCUAGAAAUUGUUGCUCAGAGGUGUAUAAUGGGCCGACUGCUCUGUCGGAGUCAGAGGCCAGGGCGGUGACCGAUUUCGUGGGGGCCAGGACAGAUCAGAUCCUUUGCUUCCUCACCAUCCACUCCUAUGGACAGCUAAUCCUCAUUCCCUAUGGGCAUCCCAAUAUCUCAGCACCCAACCAUGAUGAGUUGAUGGAGGUGGGUCUUGCUGCAGCCAGUGCUAUCAAAGCUGUUCAUGGUAUGGACUACACAGUGGGAACAUCCCCUACGGUGCUGUACCCAAACUCUGGUUCAUCCCGGGACUUUGCGCGUCUCAUUGGCAUUCCAUACUCCUUCACCUUUGAACUGCGGGACAAGGGUGAUCAUGGCUUUAAGCUGCCAGAGGAUCAGAUCAAACCCACCUGCGAGGAAGCUUAUGCAGGCGCUCUCUCCAUUAUUACCUACGUUCACGACAAGGUCCACGGCUCUGCCGUUACAGCGACAGCCACUCUGUGGACCACGCUGCUGGCCUCUGUCGUUUCCAGCGCUCACCUGCUCUAA